GGCGGGGCGGGGCGGGGCCAUCGGGCCCGGGGCGGGGCCAGGCCGGGCACCCGGAGCCGGACCGGAUCCCGCGCCCCUCCGGCCCCUCCGCACCCUCGGGCCCCGCGCCCCGCCACCGCCGCCAUGGGCGCCUGCCUGGGCGCCUGCUCGCUGCUCAGCUGCGCCUCCUGCCUCUGUGGCUCUGCCCCCUGCAUCCUGUGUGGCUGCUGCCCCUCCACCCGCAACUCCACCGUCAGCCGCAUCAUCUUCACGUUCUUCCUCUUCCUGGGGGUGCUGGUGUGCCUCAUCAUGCUGAGCCCUGGCGUGGAGAGCCAGCUCCACAAGCUGCCUUGGGGGUGUGAUGAAGGGACUGGGAGCACUGGCGUCAUGCAGAGCCACAUCGACUGUGGCUCCCUGCUUGGCCAACGUGCUGUCUACCGCAUGUGCUUCGCUACGGCCGCCUUUUUCUUCCUCUUCACCGUGCUCAUGAUCUACGUGCGCAGCAGCCAGGACCCCCGGGCCGCCUUCCAGAACGGGUUUUGGUUCUUUAAGUUCCUGAUCUUUGUGGGCAUCACCGUGGGCGCCUUCUACAUCCCCGAUGGCUCCUUCUCCGACGUCUGGUUCUACUUCGGUGUCGUGGGCUCCUUCCUCUUCAUCCUCAUCCAGCUGGUGCUGCUCAUCGACUUCGCGCACUCCUGGAACCAGCAGUGGCUGGGCAAGGCCGAGGAGUGCGACUCCCGCGCCUGGUACGCAGGCCUCUUCUUCUGCACCUUCCUCUUCUACUCACUGUCCAUUGUGGCCGUGGCCCUGCUCUUCGUCUACUACACCGAGCCCGACGCCUGCCACGAGGGCAAGGUCUUCAUCAGCCUCAACCUCACGCUCUGCAUCUGCGUCUCCAUCAUCUCCGUCCUGCCCAAGGUCCAGGAAGCCCAGCCCAACUCGGGUCUGCUGCAGGCCUCCGUCAUCACGCUCUACACCAUGUUCAUCACCUGGCUGGCGCUGUCCAAUGUGCCCGACGAGAAAUGCAACCCACACCUGCUGACCUCCCUGGACAACGGGACGAUCCUGGCAGGGCCUGAGGGCUACGUGACCCAGUGGUGGGACGCGCCGAGCAUCGUGGGCCUCAUUGUCUUCAUCCUGUGCACCUUGUUCAUCAGCGUGCGCUCCUCGAACCACCAGCAGGUGAACAGCCUGAUGCGGACGGAGGAGUGCCCGCCCAUCCUGGAGGGCACGGCGCAGCAGCGGGCGGCAGGCCAGGCCUUCGACAACGAGCAGGACGGCGUCACCUACAGCUACUCCUUCUUCCACUUCUGCCUGGUGCUCGCCUCCUUGCACAUCAUGAUGACGCUCACCAACUGGUACAGGCCCGGCGAGACCCGGAAGAUGGUCAGCACCUGGACCGCCGUGUGGGUGAAGAUCUGUGCUAGCUGGGCCGGGCUGCUGCUCUACCUGUGGACCCUGGUCGCCCCGCUCCUCCUGCCCAACCGGGACUUCAGCUGAGACAGCCCUGCCGCCUGCCCGGCUGACUCUGCCCCGCCUCCAGCACUUGCCCCGAGCUGAGUGCCUUAUUGUCAGUGCCUCCAGGGAUGAGGGGCUCAGGCUCACAUCCGAGCCCCUCAGCUCACACCUCUGCUCCCCCAGACCAUGGGACUUCCUCUCCCUUUCCCCUGCCCCCCAUCACCCACGCUCCCCUCCUUGGGGGAAGAGGGGCCCUUUGUUCCCAGGCUCCCCAGGAGCAGGACCUGCGGAGGGAGAUGCUCAGAGCUGCCCAGAGGGCGGGAGCAUGCGCUAUGAUGGGAUGCCCAGCACUGAGGUGUUGGUAUUCCUGACCACACCCCCCGGGCGCCCCGUCACCCUCCUCGACUCCGUGCCUUACAGAGUCUCUAAGACUUUGCCCAAUAAAGAAGCCAGAGUGUGUGCCUCCC